CCGACCUAACUUUCUUUGAUACAUCGAUCAUCAUGUCUUGUUUACUACUCACCUCUUCAUUUACUACUACUAAUUCCAAGCCAAACACUUUCAAGGCUCGAACCAUCAAAACCCGAGGGUUACGAGUCUCAUGUAACGUAACACCGACAAAUGAUGAUAACCAAAUCAUACUCCCCGAAACCCAAAAACUUAUCAUGCCAAAUGUAGACCGAAGGGACCUCCUUGUGGGUCUCGGCGGUCUCUGCACCGCCGGGAACUUAUCUUCCUUGUCAUCGGCAUUAGCUGAUCCAAUUGUAGCUCCUCCUCCGGACUUGUCUUGCAAGGACGCGAGUGUCGGGAAUAAUGCUAAAAAGACUUUGAGGCCACUAGAAUGUUGUCCUCCUAACCUUAAUAAGAAAGUUAAACGUUUUGUGUUUCCAAAUGAUCAAGAACCGGUGAGAAUAAGAUGGCCGGCACAUAAAGGCACUAAAGAGCAAGUCGACAAGUACAAAAAAGCCGUUGCAGCUAUGCGGGCCCUCCCAGACGACCACCCACAUAGCUUCAAACAACAAGCUUCAAUUCAUUGUGCUUAUUGUAAUGGAGGUUACACUCAAGCGCUUAGCGGCUAUCCUGAUACCGAGCUUCAGAUUCAUAACUCGUGGCUCUUCUUUCCUUUCCAUCGUUGGUACUUGUACUUUUACGAAAGAAUCCUGGGUAAACUAAUUUGUGAUCCCACUUUCGCGUUACCUUACUGGAACUGGGACAAUCCAGCUGGAAUGCAGAUUCCUGAAAUGUUUCUAUAUGAAAAAUGCAAUCCCAAAUAUCUAGGGGAUAAAUGCAAUCCCCUAUAUGACGAAUACCGUGACCCGAAACAUCAACCUCCACAGUUGGUGAACCUACAAUUCAAUGGGGAUGACAAGGAUUCCGAUACUAUUGAUCUGAUAAAGCGCAAUCUUUUCACAGUGUACCGUGAUUUGGUGAGGAAUGGGGGUGAUACCAUCAGUUUCUUUGGAGGCAUGUAUGUAGCUGGGGAUGACCCUGUUAGAAAUGGUGACCCCUCGGUUGGAUCCGUGGAAGCCAGUUCUCACACUGCCGUACAUCGAUGGGUAGGUAACUCGAACUUACCUAAUGGAGAGGACAUGGGCAACUUCUAUUCCGCGGGUUAUGACCCUUUAUUUUAUGUGCAUCAUGCUAAUGUCGACCGUAUGUGGAAGCUAUGGAAGGAUUUACGCCUUCCAGGGCACGUAGAACCAACCGAGUGCGAUUGGUUAAAUUCUUCGUACGUGUUUUAUGAUGAGAAUCAAGACCUUGUGCGAGUUUUUAACAAAGACUCGGUUGAUAUAAAGAAGCUGAAGUUUGAUUAUCCAAAGUUUGAGCUCCCGUGGAUCAAUAGUCGACCCCCUAGACGUGACAAAAUGUCACAAGUUGCUUUGAUCGCAUUAGGAGAUGUGAAAUCGUUGGACGAGGUGAAGUUCCCCUUUAAACUAGACAAGAUCCUCAAGGUUCUUGUUAAGAGGCCAGGUGUGAACAGGACUAACGAGGACAAGGCGAAAUCCAACGAGAAUUUGUUGAUCAAUGGGAUAAAAUACAGGGGUGAUAAGUUUGUGAAAUUUGAUGUGUUCGUGAAUGACAAGGUUAACACUGAUGAAGGCAAAUUUCCCACACCUAGCGACCCUGAAUACGCGGGUGGCUUUGCAGAGCUUCCACAUGGCGGGAACGAAAGUAAUAUGUUGAUGUCUAGUGCAGUGAGGUUCGGGCUGGACGAGCUGUUGGAAGACACAAACACCGAAGGGGACGAGUAUGCUGUGGUUACAUUGGUGCCAAUAAUCGGGACUGAAAAUCUCACUAUUCAGGAAAUCAAGAUCGAGUUGGUUCCCGUUUAGGAAAUCAAGAUCGAGUCGGUUGUUCCCACUCUGCAAAUCAAGAUCCAGAUGAUUCAGGAAAUCAAGUAAUGAAUUGUACGUGUUGUGUAUAAGGGAUAAUAAUGUACCCUGUAUGUUGUAUUGUGUUGCAAGGUUUUCGUUAAUGUUGGGUUAAUGUAAUAAAAUUGGUUUUCUUUUCUAA